AAGGAGAAAAAAUGUAGUGGGGGAAGGGAGUGGUUAUGACACCUGGAGAAAUCUGUGUUCAUCAGGUUGAAGACUACCAAGGUGGAAUAUGAGGUACUACUCUUACCUGUGUCUGGCUUCAACUUGGCAGUAGAGGAGGCUGUGUUACCUCUGGCUGCCCUCUUUGUGGUCAGAGGGAGAAAGUGUAAACUCCGUACAGACAGAACCAGAAGUCAGGAGUGAACUUGGGCUGCUGGACACGAGGCAGCAAGCAGUUCUACCAGCUAAAUCACUGUUGUCAAUUGGAGAGUUUUCAUUUUUUUUUUACAUAUACUAAGUUUAUUCCAUGACUACAAUGUCACAACAAAAACCUAUAUGCAACACUCAAAGCUUCAUGAAACAUAUUACUUAGUUUCAAAUUAAAAUACCAUUAUUGUUAUCUACAACACACUUGAGUCCCUUAGAGCUUACCAUUUACAGAAAUCCCUUAUUGUACCAGUAGAUACUGCUACUGCAUGCUUCUCUGAGGACACCUGAGCGUGGAUGUGUCCUGGAAAGAGGGACAGGAUCUUUAUUCCUUUUGACAGGAUUUGAGGUCCCUAAUGUCACAUUUGAUUGGGGCUGCAUGCACUUUCAUCUCUGAAAAUCGCUAUAUUUGUUCAGGUUUGGCCAAGCUUUAGUAAGAUCUAGAUCUGAAUGGUACUUGUGAAAUUCAUCUUGAUGAACAAGUUAUUGGUAAGUGCACCUUCUAUCACUGAUAACUGAGGGUGAACUAAAAGACUGACUUUUUUUUUGCUAUAUGUUUUGGCUUUACUGGACAGCUUUAAACAUAAUCAAGUAGCUGCCAAUAUUGUAGAUGUAUUAGAAAUAUUUGAAGGCUGUGUAACACAACCUGCUCACUAGAACUGGGAUGUUGAGGCCCCUUGAUUUGAUGAAUUUGAUGUCCUCUACUGUUAGUUGAUAACACAGGGUAAGUAUAAUUGGCAGAAUAGGAACUUAAGGUUGGGCUUACAUGGAUGAUGUGCUUGGCACUUAACUACAGAUAGUUGAAGGUGCUGUGGUAGGCACGGUUUGGGUUAAAGGUGGCCUGCUGUUCUUAGGCUCUGUUGUUGCAUAAAUGUCAGUGUUUUGUGACAAGGCUGUGGUACCUUGUCAAAGGCCUUUUUAAAAUCCAAAUAUAUAACAUCCACUGCAUCCCCUUUAUCUACCCAGGGGUCGGCAACCCGCGGCUCCGGAGCCGCAUGUGGCUCUUUCAUCUCUGUGCUGCAGCUCCCUGUGGCUUUGGAAAAUAAAUGAUGAGUAUUUAAUUAAAAUGUAUUUUAUGUUAGUUUGUUAGUUUUUGAAAUGUAAUUCUAAAUUUGAAGAUUAUGGCGAUCUUGUACAAUCUAAAUAAAACGUGUUUUUUGUCGCUAUUAAUAUACGUCACCACUGCCAAUGCCUGACACCCGCCAGUGCGCGAUUUCUUUAACUUUUUGAUCCAAGUUAGGCUAAUUAUGGAGAAUUCUAAAAAAAGAAAAGUGACUGAAGAAAACAGAACGUUUAAUGAUACGUGGGCAGAUUCAUUUGCUUUCACUGCUGACGAGACUGGUUUACCGGUAUGCUUAAUAUGCAAUGAGAAACUAGCAAACAACAAAAAGUCAAAAGUCGCAAGGGAUUUCCAGAAUAAACACGCAGCCUUUGCUCAAAAAUAUCCGGAUGGAGAUGAGAGAAAAAAAGCCAUUUCGGAACUGAUGCGGAAGGUUGAUCUGAGCAAAAAUCAUUUCAAGAAGUGGAUGAAGUCUGGAAAAUCAACUACAUAUGCUAGUUUUGUUGCCGCUCAGGAAAUAGUCAGGCACGGGAAGCAGUUUACAGAUGGUAAAUAUAUAAAAGAAUCUUUCAUUAAGAUUUCAGAACAUCUAUUCACGGACUUUAAAAACGAGAAUGAAAUUGUGCAGAAAAUUAGGGAUAUGCCCCUCUCUGCAAAGACUGUCAAAGACAGAACCAUAAAAAUGGCAGAAAACAUCACAAGACAGCAAAUUAAAGACAUCAAUUCAGCUGUGGCCUACUCGAUUGCCUGUGACGAGUCUAAAGACAAAGGUGAUAUUGAACAAAUAGCACUGUUCUGCCGGUAUGUAAACUCUGCCGGGCCACAGGAAGAAAUGAUUGAGUUGAUACCUCUAAAAGGCCAAACACGGGGGGAGGACAUCUGUGAGGCUGUCUUGAAUUGUUUAAGAGCCAAAGUAAUAAAGACCACCCACCUGGUGUCAGUAGCUACUGAUGGGGCACCAAGUAUGACAGGAGCACACAAGGGAUUUGUGGCUUUACUGCAGAAGUCGCUGGACAGAAAGCUGCUGACUUUUCACUGCAUCUUGCACCAAGAGGCACUGUGCGCUCAAACAUUUCCUCCACAAUGCACAGAAGUAAUGGAUGUUGUCAUUCAGAUUGUCAAUAAAAUAAUGGCAAAAAGUUUAAAUCACCGUCAAUUCCGUUUGUUACUGGACGAGCUGGAAAGCGCAUAUUCUGAUCUCCUGCUGCACAACAAAGUCCGGUGGCUGUCCAGAGGGGAGGUGCUGAAACGCUUUGUCGCGUGUCUGGAAGAAGUGAAAACUUUCCUGGGCAGCAAAGGGCUCACCUUUCCUGAGCUGGAACAGCCAGAGUGGCUGGAAAAGCUACACUUCACGGUAGACACGACAGCGCACCUGAACACGCUGAACACAGCUCUUCAGGGGAAAGGACGCUCAGCCCUAAACAUGUUGGAGGAUGUUUUGGCAUUCGAGCGCAAGUUAACAGUGCUUGCCAGAGAUUUACAGAAAGGCACAUUGUCUCACUUCCCCAAUUUGAGAAAGUUCAAAGAAGCUCACGACAUGAUAUUCGGAGUAUUUACAUUCUGCAAUCAUCACAAUGCAAACAUCGUUUGGGAAACGCUUCUGUGAGUUCAGGGAGGAAAAAAACACAUUAUCCUUCUUGGUCACUCCCCUAAGCAUCGAUCCAUCCCUACUAAAUACGACUGCAUUGGCAGGUGUGAGUCAACCUGAUCUUGAGAUGGAACUGGCCGACAUAGCCGACAAAGACAUAUGGGUGUCCAAGUUUAGACGCUUGACAGCAGACCUUGAAGAUGUUGCCUGUCAGAAGGCCGUUCUUGCUCAGAAUCACAAAUGGAGUGAUAUUGAAAACCUCUCCAAACCGGACAAACUUGUUUUCGAAACAUGGAAUGCUAUCCCCGACAUUUAUGUAAACAUUAAAAAGUAUGCGCUUGGAGUCCUGUCGAUCUUUGGAUCCACAUAUGUAUGUGAGCAGGUGUACUCCAACAUGAACUUUAUUAAAAACAAAUAUUGCGCACGCCUCAUAGAUGACAGCUUGCGAUCCUGUGUAAAGAUGAAGGUGACGUCAUACAGCCCUGAUGUUGAGAGGCUGUGCGCUGAGGUCCAGGAGCAGAAAUCCCAUUAACCAAGUUGACAGCUGGCUGACGUUAUUUUUGGUUUGCUGCUGGCGGACAAUUUAAGUUCGGCGUUUUUCAUAAAUACAAGAAGGACUCAAAUAGACAUUGAGUAUUUUACUUAAAAGUAACCUUCAACCCAACGUCUUUUUCUCGGAGUUCAAAAUGUUUUUGUUGCAUGCAGAAAUGUAAUUUUGUUUUCUCUGCAGGAGUUCAUCGAUUUUAUAAAUGCAACACCUUAUAGUUUGUUUAUACAUAGCAUAAAGGUAAAAAAAAACGUUGUAUGCAGUGUUAUUUCAUUUUAAAUGUCAAAUGGGUUUUGUGGCUCCCAGUGUUUUCUUUUCUGUGGGAAACGGGUCCAAAUGGCUCUUUCAGUGGUAAAGGUUGCCGACCCCUGAUCUAUCCUACUUGUAAUCUCCUCAAAGAAUUCCAACAGGUUUGUCAGGCAGGAUUUUCCCUGGAGGAAACCAUGCCAACUUCAUACUAUCUUGUCCUGUGUCACCAAGUACGCCAUCACCUCGUCCUUAACAGUUAACUCUUAACAUCUUCCCAACCACUGAGGUCAGGCCAACUGGUCUAAAUUUCCUCUCUGCUGCCUUCCUCCUUUCUUAGAGUAGAGUAACAUUUUCAAUUUUCCAGUCUUCUAGUCCAAAGAUUUUAGAAAGAUUAUUUCUAGUACCACCACAAUCUCUAAUGCUAUCUCUUUCAGAACCCUAGGGUGCAGUUCUUCUGGUCCGGGUGGCUUUUAUACCUCUAGGUCUUGAAGCUUUUUGAGCACCUUCUCUCUUGUAGCAGUAACAGCACCCAUUUCUUUUCCUUCACACACUACAACAUCAGGCAUACUGCUAGUGUCUUCCACAGUGAAGACUGAUACAAAAUACUCAGUUAGUUCAUCAGCCAUCUCCUUGCCCCUGUUACUAUUUCUCCUGCCUCAUUUUCUAGAGGACCUAUAUCCACUCAUUUCUUUUAUUUUUAACAUACUUUGAUAUUAUUUGCUAGCUUGCUUUUAUAGUUCAUUUUUUCCCUUCUAAUGAUUUUUUAGUUGCACUCUUUAGGUUUUUUAAAACUUGCCAAUCCUCUAUCUUCCCACUAAUGUUUGCUUUGUUGUAUGCCCUUUUGUUUGCUUUUACAAUAGCUUUGACUUCCUUUGUCAGCCCUGGUUAUAAUAUUUUACCAUUUGAGUAUUUAUUCAUUUUUGGAAUGCACAUGUUCUGCACCUCCCUCUUUUUUUUCCUAGAAACGCAUCCCAUUGCUGCUCUGCUAUCAUCCCUGCCAGCUGCUCCUUCCAAUUUACUUUGGCCAACUCCUCUCUCAUACGAUUGUAAUUUCCCUUACUCCACUGAAAUACUGCUACAUCAGACUUUACUUUCUCCCUAUCAAAUUUCAAGUUGAACACAAUCGUAUUGUGAUCACCGGCUUUUAAGGGCUCUUUUACCUUAAGCUUCCUAUUGCUUCUAGUUCAUUACAUAACACCUAAUCCAGUAUAACUGAUCCCUGAGUAAGCUCAAUGAUAAACUGCUCUAAAAAGCUAUCUCUUAGGCAUUCAACAAACUCUCUCUCUUGAGAUCCAUUACCAACCUGAUUUUCCCAAUCAACCUGCAUGUUAAAAUCUCCCAUGACUACCAUGACAUUGCCCUUUUGACUCGCCUUUUCUAAUUCCUGUGGUAACCUGUGGUUCACCUCCCAGCCACUGUUGGGAGGCCUGUAUAUGACUGCCACCAACAUCCUUUUACCCUUGCAGUUUCGUAACUCAACCCACAAGGAUUCAACAUCUUCUGAUCCUAUGACCCAACUUUCUACUGAUUGAUGCCAUUCUUUACCAGUAGAGCAACACUACCCCCUCUGUCUACCUUCCUAUACCUCCAAUACAAUUGGUAACCUUGGACAUUCAGCUCCCAACUACAACCAUCUGUCAGCCAUGAUUCAGUUAUGGCCUCAUCAUGCCUGGCAAUCUGUAAUGUUGCAACAAGAUCAUCCACCUUAUUUCUUAUAUUAUGCACAUUUAGAUACAACACCUUGCUAUCCUUUCUGAUUUUUGCAUCCCUAAAGAUAUGAUACUCAGUCUAUUGGCUGCAACUAAGUCCCGUCACCUGCCUGCCCUUCCUGACAAUCUGACUGCAUGCUAGCUUUACUUUUUUACCAUCUGUCCUACCCUGAGUCCCUUCGUUCCAGUUCCCACCCCCCCUGCCAAGUUAGUUUAAACCCUCCCCAACAGCUCUCACAAACCUGCCCGCAAGAAUAUUGGUCCUCCUCAGGUUCAGGUGCAGCCCGUCACUUUUGAACAGGUAGUAUCUUCCCCCAGAAGAGAUCCCAAUUAUCUAAGAACCUGAAGCCCUGUCCCCUGCGUCAGCUUCUCAGCCACACAUUUAUCUGCCAGAUCUACUCUCACUGGCAUGUGGCACAGGCAGCAAUCCAGAAAUUGCUACCUGGGAAGUCCUGCUUCUCAGUUUUCUACCCAGCUCUCUAAAUUCUCUUUUCAGGACCUCAUUGCUAUACCAGGACAUCUGGUUGCUCUCCCUCCCUCUCCAAAAUGUUGUGGACAUGAUCUGAGACAUCCCUGACCCUGGCACCUGGGAGGCAACAUACUAUCUGGGUGUCCAGUUCACGUCCACAGAAUCUCCUGUCUGUGCCUCUCACUAUCAAGUCCGCUAUACUACUGCUUCCUUGUUCUCAUUCCCUUCUGCACCACAAACCCAUGCUCAGUGCCUGUAACCCACUCGCCAUGGCGUUCUCCCGGGAGGUCAUCCCCUACAAGUGUAUCAAAAGCAGUAUACGACAGGCCCUCCUUAUCCGCGGGGGAUUGGUUCCGGGACCCCCCGUGGAUACCAAAAAAUGCGGAUGCUCAACUCCCUUAUUUAACCUGUCGCAAUGCGGUAGUCUUUAGGCCUUAGCGGAACCCCAGACCUUAUUUAACCUGUCUCAGUGCGGUGGACAUUAGGACCCGGUGGCAGACCUCUGAAUCUGCAGUGUUUCUGUUCACAAAAGUGAUCACCAUCACGACUGAAAAUAAAGUGGAAGUAAUAAAGAGAUCGGAAAGAGGUGAAAUGCUAUCGGUUAUUGGAAAAGCGUUAGACUAGUCGGUCAACAAUCAGAACAAUUUUAAUGGAGCAUUUGAAAGGCUCUGUCCCGAUGAAAGCUAAGCAAGGCAGUGGUUUAAUUAUUGAAAUACAUAUGUUUCUUAAGUAUUUUAUUUGCAUGGAAAGGUAAAAUAUGUUCUAUGUACUAAGACAAAUGUUUUACUAGCAGAGGCUACAUAAUACGGGAUGUACCUAUUCCGACUUCAAAUCUGUCUUAAAGACGGACUCGGGAAUGGAACUCGUUCAUAACUUGGGGACUGCCUGUACUUUUAAACCAUCUCUAGAUUACUUAUAAUACCUAAUACAAUGUAAAUACUAUGUAAGUAGUUGUUAUACUGUUUUGUUUAGGGAAUAAUGACAAGAAAAAAUAGUCCAUACAUGCUCAAAUAACAAGUGCUGAAGAGAGAACUUCCGGGUUUUCCUGAUCCGUGGUUGGUCGAAUCUGCGGAUAAGAGGGCCGACUGUACUUGUUUUUGAGGGGUGCUCUGCUCUAACUGCCUAUUUCCAUUUCUUCUGACAGUCACUCACCUACUCGCCUCCUGCGACUUCCCUAUAACUUUGAUCAAUUAUAUCCUCACUCUCCCCUACAAGCCAAGGAUCAUCCAGUUGCUGCUCCAGAUCCCUAACGUGGUCUUCAAGUAUUUGCAGCCAGAUGCACUUCAUGCAUCUCCCAGUUCUCCAAAAUCCAGCACAAAAACACACCACAGCCAUUUAAAUGGUAUGCUAAGAGGGGGGAGAAAAACAAAAAGGGAACUUUAACAGAUGCUUUACACAGAGCUGACACCUCUCCCGAGCCAAAGCCUGUUGCUUCCACUCUCGCCACUGGCCUACUCCCAAUAAUGGCCACUCCGCUUAUCCCUUCUCUACUUUUAUUUAGUUUAUAGAGCUCUGUUGACACCACUGAUGGGCUCCAUACAAUAGACAAAUGCCCUCAAAGCUCCCUUUUUAAAUAACUGCUGCUGACCUGUGAGAAAUACCUCUGGGUAAAUUUCUGUUACUACUCACUGCAGCUUCUUCUGAUUCUAUGCAGUAGCCUCCCUACCUCCAUACCAGACAGUGAUGUUGCCAGUUACAAUGCUCUCAUGGUACAUCUGUAGAAAUUUGUGAGUGUCUUUGGUAAUAUACCAAAUCUCUCCAAAUUCCCAACAAUAUAUAGUUGCUGUAUGCCUUCUUUGUAGCUGCAUCAUUAUGCUAGGCCCAUGAUAGAUCCUCCAGAAUAUUGACACCCAGUGUCUUGAAAAUGCUCACUAUUUCCACUUCUGAUCCCUCUACGAGACUGGCGUGUGUUCCCUCAUCUUGACCUUUCGGAAGUCUACAAGUUCUUUGGUCUUACUGACGUUGAGUGUAAUGUUGUUGCUGCAAUACCACUCAACUAGCUGAUUUAUCUCACUCCUGUACGCCCUUGCGUCACAUCUGAAGUUCUGCCAACAAUAGCUGUGUUGUCAGCAUUUGAACUGUAGCCUAGCCACACAGUCAUGCUUAGCAAACCCCCUCCGGUCUUCUCCUAUCAUUUCACAUUUCCCCCUCCCCCCUCCUACUUUCAAAUUUCUUAUUAUCUUUUCUUUCAGUUAGUCCUGACGAAGGGCCUCAGCCCGAAAUGUUGACAGUGCUUCUUCCUACAGAUGCUGCCUGACCUGCUGCGUUCCACCAGCAUUUUGUGUGUGUUGCAUAAAAGGUUACUAUCCAGGUUGUGGAAGUUUAAAUAAUCCCAAAUGCACUUUUGACUUUUUAACCUUGAAAGUGAACAGCACGAAAACAAACGGUGCCUAGCAUAAACUGUAUGAGAAUGAAAGGAAGGGGAAAUGCUGGACAUUUUACUGAAGAUGUACACUGAAUAAUAAAGGAAUGCAGUGAUUAGUAAAAUCGGACAUGAAAUAGUAUCUGAGUUGUUCAUGGCUAUAGGUUGCUGUCUUAGAAUAUGGAAGAACAGAUGUACACCUUAAACUGAAAUGUCAAAGAUUUCAACUAAACAACCUUAGUAAUCCACAACUUAGUUGCACUUAGAUUCAGUAUUGUCUAUGAUGGAUGCCAUUAGCUUUGAGCAGAACUGGGCUCUGAAGCUUUUGAUAAUCCCUGGGUGUAACAAACCACAAUCCUCCUCUGGAAAUGUUAGAUUUAGCUAUAUUCAAGGUACAAAAAUGCUAAUAGUAUGAUGUUCCUCAGUUUCAACUCCUUUUUAGAUUACA